AUGAGAUCUUCUAAGGAAAGUGCGAACUAUUAUGAUCCUAGAGGAAACUCAGAUAAAAGUCCAUAUACAGCAAAAACUCCAGACAAGAAAUCGACUCCAAAUGUAUAUGUCCUUUGUCCAUUUAACAGCAUUCAUCAUGUAUUAACUGAUGAAUUAGAUUCUCAUAUGUUGGCUUGCCCUGACCGUAACUACAACGAGGUAGGAGAAGCAAAUUUCCAAUCCUUGUCUCCACUAGAAAAUUUCGGAAUUUUCCAGCAACCCUCAUCUCAGCCUAAAUCAGAUCUAAACAAUGACCUAAACGAAAUUUACAUCCCAGACCCUGAAUGGCCAAUUCUUCAGAUUACUCAGAAGACCUAUGAUUUUAUUAUUCAACAAGGCCUAGAAAUUCCGCCUGGCUUUGAAACUUUUCUACCAUCUGAAAAUGUUCAGAAAGAAGAAGUAAAAGAGCUCAAAGCUGACGAGAAAAGCCCAAAUAAUGAUGAAUGGACUACUAUUACAGCUAAAAAUAAACCAAAAAGGCAAAAUAAUGAAAUUUCAGGUGAAAGGCAUAAUGAAAAGAAAAAGAAGCAUAACAAGCCAAAGCAGAAGGACCAGAAGAAGUACCAAAAUAAGCAGUCAGGAUCUCACAACUAA